AUGAUAGAAGAAAUUACCAAAAGUUUAUUUCCGUAUGAUGCAAAAUUCUUUAAAGGUCUUUUCGAUAAAUAUAUGAAAGAAGAAGAUUAUAGCAAAGAUUUGAAAUGCCUACAAAAUUCUCGAAAGUUAAUAGAAGAAAUAAUUAGUAAGGAAAAUGGAUUAAAUUUUUAUAUCGAUGAAAAUUAUGAUGAAAAUUUUUUGAAGAAAUGCAAGUUACCAUAUUUUAAAAAAUUGUUAAAAUAUAUAAAAUAUAUGGAAGAACAAAAACAAGACGACGUUAAAAAUAAAAAUGUUGAAAAUGAAGAUUUGAUAGAUGAAGAUAAUAAAGAAGCAGAUAUACAAAAGGAAAAGAAAACCAAAAAAAAUGUAUCUGAUUAUUUUAUAUUUAAUAAAAAAAUUAAUAUGAUAAAUAGUUAUAGAAUACAUUAUUAUUGUUCAAAUAUAAUCCAAUCGAUACCUUCUUUAACAUAUUUAUCUGUUAUAAAAAUAUAUUUACAAAAUUAUCCAUUAAAAAUAUUCUUAACCUGUAUAUAUUUUUACACCUUCGUAACUUACGUAUGUGAUAGAGACAAUGUUAUAGAUUUUUUGGAGGCACUAUUUUUUUCCUUAAUGGUGACUAUCGGAUGUAUAUGUCUUACUAUUGUACAUUAUUUAAAAGAAAACAGAAUUAACUCCAUAACAUCAAAAUUUAAUCACAUUAAAAGGAAUUAUAUAUGCCGUAAUUUCAUCAAACAUAAUGUGAAAAACAAACAAAUGUUAAUGGACAAAUUUGAAAGCAAAAAAACUAUGGAGAUAAAAAAAUAUUCGAAAUACUUUUUUUUGAAGAGCUUCCUGAAUAGAGUUAAUUCUGAACUAUAUGAUUAUGAACAUUUCAAAGAUAAAUCAAAUAUAGAUUAUAUACCCUUUGAGGUAAAUGAAAAUGUUUUUAAUUUUGACUCCGAUAAUUUAAAUAAUGAUGAAUUAGAAAAAGAGAAGACCAAUAAAAAAAAUGAUGAGGCUGGUAUGGAAGGUAAUGAAGAUUUGUUAAUAAAAAAUAUAAAAAUGGAAGAUAAAAAUGAGAUUGUUCAAGAAUAUAAAGGAAACAAGGUGAAUGUAGAAAAAAUAUUUUUGGAUAAGGAAAAGAAUACUAAUAAGAUGAAAGGGAAUAUAACUAAGGAAGAGAAUAUAAAUGAUAAAGAAAAUAUAAACGAUGAAGAAAAUAUAAACGAUGAAGAAAAUAUAAACGAUAAAGAAAAUAUAAACGAUAAAGAAAAUAUAAACGAUAAAGGGAAUACAUAUAAAUCAAGAUAUAUUGUAAAUAAUAAUAAUAAUAAUAAUAAUGAUAAGAAAGUAAAUAUUAAUAAUUUUAUUAAAAUGAAUGACAGCGAAAAUGUACUAUCAAAGAAUGUAGAUAAAGAUACAUUAAAUAAAGAAUCAAGUAUUAUAAUAUUUAUUGACGAAAGGAAAAAGAACGAUUUACUAAAUUAUAUAUUUUUCGAAAAUAACUUUUAUUUUAUUAAUGGGAAGAAUCUUCUUGUUGGAGAUAUUGUAUAUUUAUUUAAAGGUGACAUAAUACCAGCUGAUGGUAUAUUAUUAAAAAGUAAUAAUAUGAUAGUAGAUGAAUCUAAUUUGAUGAAUACUCUUGAGAAGAAGAAAAAAAGGAAAAUAAGUUUAGAUGAAUAUAUAUAUGAGAUGGGAAAAAUGAAAAAGAAAAAGAUAAGUGUUGAUGAAUUAAAAAAAACAAAAAUGAAUUAUUUUGAAAUGUUAAAUUUAAAAAUGAAGAUGAAAAUAAAAAAGUUCAGUGAAGAUAUUAAUAUAAAAAAAAAUUCUAAUAUAGAAAAGAAUAAUGAUACAUAUAUAAUGAAUGAUAUAGAAAAUAUGGAAAAUGUGAAAAAAAGUCCUGAUAUAUUAUAUAAUUCGAAAAAGGCAUAUAAUGAGGGAAAAGAUGAAAAUAUAAAUAAAAUGACACUACAUAAUAAUAAUAAUAAUAAUAAUAUUAGUUGUGGUAUGUAUGAUAAUAAUAAUUUGUGUGAAAAAUAUGAUGAUGUGUGUCCACUUUUAUUAUCAGAAUCUUCUAUUAUUGAAGGAAGUGGUAUUAUGAUUACAACGUGUGUUGGUAAAUACAAACAAAUGUUUUAUUAUAAUUCUAUCAAAAAAAUAGAGAGUAGUACUAGAAUAGAGAAUUUAAUAAAUAGAUAUUCCAAAAACAUGGUGAUAUUAAUUAUAUUUUCUUGUUCUAUAUGUAUUCUUUUUAUCUUUAUUCAUUUUUUAAUUAAUUUAAUUGAAAAUGAUAUGCAAACUUUUGCAUAUAAUUUAUUAAUGUUUUUAUUAAAUACAAUAAUAUUAGAAAUAUUGAAAUAUCUGUUGCUAUCAAUUGAUCAAAUGCCUUUAUUAUUACAAAAUUGUUUAGCUUUAAAUUCGAGUAAAAUAUUGAAAGAGAAUUUUAUGAUAAAUACAAAAAAUACAUUUGAAAAUAUUCUUUUUUCUAAUACAAUAUUUAUUGAUAUAAAUAGAUAUAUAAAAUAUAAAUGUGUAUAUUUUUUUUUUAAUACUCAGUAUACUUAUUCAUUUGUUAAUACCUAUUUUUUAUACGAUACGUUGAGAAAUCCUAGCCCUUCUUUCAAAAUAUUUAACAGAGAUAAUGAUAAACAUAUAAUGAAUAAUUUAUUUUUUCAUUUAUUGAUUGAGUGUAUACUUACAACUAGUAAUAUGUAUCAAUAUAAUGAAUAUUUUUUAGAUAUAGAUAUAUCUUUAAUAAAUUUUAUGAAGAAUUUUCAAGUAAAUGUCGAAGAUUAUUUUGUUAAGCCUCACAAUAUAUUACAACUUAAAUAUGUUAAAGGGAAGGCUGUUUUUACCUUUGUUCUUUUAAAUAAAGAAAAGGAAAAAAAUUUAUAUAUACAAAAUGGUAAGGUACAUGGAGAACAACCAAAUUAUAAUGAUGUUAAAAGGAAGGUAUGUGAAGGGAAAGUUAUGCGAAUAUUUAUUAAGGGUCAUGUUGAUUUUGUUCUACCAAAAUGUAAAACCUACCUGGAUGGAGACACACAAAAGGGAGAUAUAGAAAAGUUAAAGGAAAAAAUUAAAAAUAUAAAAGAUGGUGAAGUAGAUACAAUUCUUUGUUUUGCUUACAAAGAUGUGACACUAAACGAAAACAAUAUGGAAGAUAACUUAUAUAUAAAGAAAAGAGAUAAUGAAUAUAACCUUAAGAAUGAAGAGAUAAAUGAUAAUAAUUAUACUUGUAUUAGCAUAUUAGUAUUAGAGAGAUAUCUAAGUAAAUAUUUAUAUUUUGAUUAUUCAAUAUUAGAAGCUAAUAAUUUGAAUGCUAAAUUUUUUACAAAGAAUAAUUUGGAAAGUACAAAUAAAUUAUUUGAUAAUUUUGGGAAACAUUUGGAAAGUAUAAAGGCAUAUGAUGCAACAAAAAUAAAUGAAAUAAAUAGUUUUGAUUUAAGUUUUGAUGAGGAUGAGAUAAACGAUUUUAAUAAAAAAGGAGAAAAAGGAAAGGAAAAUGACAAAAAGAGGAAAGGAAAAGAAGAAAAAGAAGAUGAGCAUUCUGAAGAAGAUAUUAUAUAUUUAAAAAAUGAGUUGAAUGAACCUAAUUUAAUGGAAUAUAAUAAUAUAGAAAGUUAUGAAUUAACGAAUGAUAAGAAUGAAAUAUCAAGAAAAAAAAAAAAAUUGAAAAGUGAAAUAUGGAAUUUAAGGAAAUAUGAUGAAAGUAGUACUACAAAUUUAUAUAAUGAUAGAUAUACUCAGGAAAAUGAAUGUAAUGAAAUAAGAAGAAAGCAAUAUGAUUUUUUAUUAAGUCAUAAUAUAUUUUAUAAUUGUAAUAAAAAUGAAUUGGAAUGUUUAUUAUGUACAUGUAAUAUGUAUGGUAAGAAUACAUUAGUAAUUAAUGAUGAUAAAUAUAUAUCAACACAGAAUAAAAAUAAUAAUAAAAAGAACACCAUGAACAUGAACAUGAACAAUAAUAAUAAUAAUAAUAGUAGUAGUAGUAGUAGUAGUGAUAUAUAUAAUUGUAGUAGUAUAUUAAUAUGUGAUAAUAAAUGUACUAAUGAUAUGAAAGAAAAAUGUGAUAUGGUUAUAUUAAAUAAAAGUUUAUAUGAUUAUAUAAAAUUAAAAUAUAUAUCAAAUUGUAUUUUAAUGAAUAUAAAAUUACAUAUUGAAUAUAAUAUAAUAUUUUAUAUAUCGCUUGUAUUAUUUUCUAUAAUAUCUACUUUAGUAAAUGGUUUGGAAUUUUUAAGUACAGUACAAAUAUUAUAUAUAUAUAUAAUUAAAAAUAUAUUUUUCCAUUAUAUUUCUUGUUAUCGUAAAUGUAAUUAUAGUGUAGUUCAUCAUGAUUCAAAUAAUAAAUAUUCUUAUAAUUUUUUUGAAGAAAAAGAUAUCAAUAAUAUUAUAUCUUCUAUAUUAUCUAAAAUAACUAUUUUAUUAGUCGUGUUUUUAUUUGGUCAUUUAUUUAUACCAGAAAAUAAAUGGAUCUUUAUAACGGAUGAAAUUAGAGAGAAUUUUGAAUUUUCUGAAUUUUCAUUUCUAAUAGAUAGACAACAAUCUAAUUAUUUUCAUACCGUUAGAUCUAGUUUAAGGUUUAAGAAAAAUUUAGAAAAUCUUAAGAUUCAAAAUAAUAUCGAUAUAAAAAAUGAUUAUAGGACAAUGAAUGAAUGGGAAUAUCAUAUAAGUCCUAGUAGACAUGGUACCAUCGUAUUUAAUGUCUUCUUUUUGUUAUUUUUCUUUUCAUAUAUUUAUUUAUAUAUAAAAACAUUUUCUAAGGAGUUUCAAAAUUAUUCUCAGCAAUUUAAAAUCAAGAAAUAUAACUUUUUAUAUUUCAUAAAAAAAAAAAAGGAUCAAGUUUUUUUAGAGAAGGAUCUUAUGAAAAGAUUAAUGCAUGAUGUAAAGAAAGAAAUUGUAAUAUCUGAUGAAAAAGCAGAUGUAAAUAAAAAACACAAUAAAAUAAAUAAUAAUAAUAAUAAAAUAAAUAAUAAUAAUAAUAAUAAUAAUAAAAUAAAUAAUAAUAGUAAUAUGAAGAAGAAUCAUGAUGAUGAUACAAACAUAUACAAUGAAACCAAUUAUACAAAUAAACAAGAUUCCAAAAUAUUAAAAAAAAUUUCUAGUUCUUUAAAUAAUAUAAAAAAUGAAUUAUAUAAAAAACGUGAAAUGAUAAAUAAUUCUAUAUUUAUGGAAAGUAUUUUUGAGAAUUAUAAAAUAUUUUUUUUAUUUCUAUUUAUUAUGAUUAUCCAUAUUUGUGCUAUUCAAUAUGGAUCUUUUUUUUUCCAUUUUCACGUAAAUGGAUUGACUUUUAUUCAAUGGGUCUUUUGCUUUUUAUGUUGUCUUUUAGAUUUUUUAAUUUUUACAUUUAUAUCUUACUUUGGUUUUUUUCAAGUAUCAUCUGAUUUUUUUAAGAUGUUUCAAUAUUUAUAUGAACCUCGGGAAAAAAAUAUAUUCGAUUCCUUGAAUGAAUAUAGGAAAAGCUCUACUUCACACAGAUAUAAAUAUGACCUCAAAGAGACGAGAAAAAGUUGGGUAUAA